CAUGACAGUCCUGGAUGCUCUGCAGACAGACACACACCCUUUAAGGAUUAUGCAGGGUUAUUUUCUUGUAAACACAGUAGGAUUAUAUCAUAGUUAUAUUUUAAUUGCGCAUUGAACGCAGUUAGUUUGCUGGUCGUGUUUAUUCGAAUCGCUAAUCUGCGCAUUUUCUGUUCGCAAUGGAUCCGCGAGCUUUCGCCUUUUGCAGGAGGUCAUGGCACGUCAGAUUUGUUAUGUUUUCCGCGCUAUGGGGCUCAGCUUUCACCGUGACGCGGUACUCCAUCCCGGAGGAAACAGCAGAACGAACUGUGGUGGCACAUUUAGCCGCAGAUUUGGGUCUGGAAGCGCGCAGCCUCGCGGAGCGCAACGUGAAGCUCGACUACAUCCACAGCAAAAAAUACCUGGACAUUAACAAAGAGACCGGAGAAAUGUUAAUCACCGAAAAGAUCGACAGAGAGCACCUCUGUCCCGCAAAGACGUCCUCAUCGUGCUUCCUUAAAAUGGAUGUUGUGAUCGAGAAUCCGUUACGCAUAUUCAACCUCGAACUGGAAAUCAUGGACAUAAACGAUAACGCCCCUCAGUUCAGGAGAGAGCGCAUACCGCUGGAUAUCUCGGAAUCAGCGAGGCCUGGGGAGAAAUUUUCUUUAACCAACGCAGUCGAUGCUGAUGUUGGAGAAAACUCUAUCAAGACUUACUUCCUGAGCCAAAGUGACGAGUUCACUAUUGAGAUCCAGACAGGAAGCGACGGCACGAAAUACGUGGACCUCGUUCUCCAAGCACCUCUGGACAGAGAGAAGCAGACUGUGCAUAGUCUCAUCCUCACAGCCGUGGACGGUGGCACACCGGCACGGACUGGCACUGCCACCGUCAUUGUGAAAGUGCUAGACACCAAUGAUAACGCUCCUCAGUUCGACAGGCAGGUGUAUUCAGUCGAUCUGGUUGAAAAUGCCCCGGUUGGUACGCUGGUCAUGCAGCUCAAUGCAACAGACAUAGAUGAAGGCACCAAUGCUGAGGUUGCUUACUCAUACACGCUGUACACGUCUGAAAAAACACAGGAAAAAUUCUCGCUGAAUCCCAAAAGUGGAGAAAUCCGAGUGAAAGGUGUGAUCGAUUAUGAGGAGAUGAGAAGUUUUGAAAUGUAUGUCGAAGCCAAAGACAAAGCGAUAACUCCACUUUCGGCACAAUGCAAAAUAUUGGUUUUUAUCACGGACUUAAAUGAUAAUUAUCCUGACAUCACGGUUAAAUCAUUCAAAAGCUCAGUUAAGGAGAAUGCACCCACAGGAACGGUGAUAGCCGUGGUCAGUGUGAGUGACAGAGACUCUGGAGAUAAUGGCAAAGUUUUUCUUUCGUUACGUGACGCUGAGGAGUUGCCUUUCCUUCUAAACAAUUCAUCCGAGGAUUACUUCGAACUAACUGUCAAAGAUCCAUUAGACCGCGAGAAAAACUCUAGUUAUGAGAUCACACUCCAUGUUACGGAUAGAGGAACGCCUCCACUCACUGACAGCGAGACUAUUAGCUUGGAGAUCCUGGAUGUGAAUGACAACGCUCCUGUAUUUCCUCAGUCCUUUUACAUUAUUCAUCUGCCUGAAAACAAUGAGCCAGGUGAGCUUCUCUGCUCUCUCACUGCACACGACCCGGACCUGAAUGAAAACCAGUAUCUGGUCUAUUUCAUAGUGGAGAAAGAGAUCUCCAACACGUCUGUGUCUAUGUUGUUCUCGGUGAACCCGGAAAAUGGGAACCUGCAUGCGCUGCGUGCCUUCGACUAUGAGCGUGAGAAGGAGUUUCUCUUUCACAUUGAAGCUCGAGACUCUGGUGUCCCACCUCUCAGUAGCAAUGCCACGGUACGUGUGAUCAUUCUUGACCAGAAUGACAACGCGCCUCAAAUCGUGUCACCGUGGAGGGCUCAUGACUCUGUCGUCGACCAGGUGAUCUCAAGGGCUGCUGAUCAGGGCUCGCUGGUGGCGAAGGUAAUCGCACUGGAUGCGGACUCAGCGCAGAACUCGCGUGUCACCUACCAGUUCCUCCAGGCCACCGAUUCGUCACUGUUCACUUUGGACCACUACAAUGGUGAAGUGCGAACAGCUCGCAUGUUCACCUACCGAGAUCCCAAACACCAACGGCUCGUGAUUGUAGCCAAAGAUAAUGGAGAUCCACCACGCUCUGCCACGGUCACCAUCAAAGUUUCCACUGUGGAGCAAGUAGUGGUCACACAGUUAACAGAGACGACACAGAUGCCGAUGGAAUUUGACCUGUUCACAGAUUUGAACCUGUAUCUCUUGCUCAGUCUGGGGUCCGUGUCUUUUCUGCUGCUCAUCACCAUUUUAGUCAUCAUUGUUCUGAAGUGCCAGAAGCCCAAACCCUCCAAAGCAGCUGUUCACGGUCGAAACAGUGUUACCAGCCAGAGGAACUCAACGAUCGGUGACUCCACCCUCAUCUCCAGUGACGCUUACUGGUACAGUCUGUUUUUAGCUGAAACAAGGAAAGGAAAGGUCGUGGUUCGCCAGCCAUUGCCCAAUGGCAGUGGCUUCAUCGUGUCCAGUAUACCACGGAGUGUAGCUCUCACGACCACCAGUGAAUCCAGAUCUUCCACACUGCAGGAAUCCAGUAGUGAUCUACCUUGAUCCUGAGUCUUCCGAAACAGAUCCACAUUCUGGGAGAACGCUUAUCUUGAUCUAGUUGGAGAGGUCAUGAGAAUUCAGUUCUGAUGAACUCUUAUGACACAUGAAAACCCUCAUCUUAUUGACCCGCCGUAUUUCUCGUCAACCUGUAACCGCAACAGCAACUUUGCUUGGCUAAGACUUUGUGUGACUUAAAUAAGUCAUGAAAGGACUCUGAAUAUCGAGAGGAAGAAAGAAGAUGGUCGAAAUAUACCAUACACCCUGGAUUUGUGACAGGACAAGGAGAGAUACUCAUUCAAAAAAUAUUUUUGACUUUUUUUUGUUUACUUGGAAAACGACUUGAUCUAUUAUGCAUGCUAAACCAGUGCUACUCUGGUCAAGCACUCUGAACUGGACAAAAAUUAAUUUCAUGUAAAAUAUAAUCUGAAGAGCACAAUUUCCUGAACCAGGCAUGUGGCUUUUUGUUUGAUUAUAUGAUAAACAGAACAUGAUCUAUGGAUCAUACAAACAUACAAAUUCAAACAAGGAAAUGAAGUUGGAUUUUAUUCGAUUUUCAAUGACAGAUACAGUCGAAAAAGACGGUAUAAACUUUAACACUACCCCUAACCUUAAUAUUGUAACUUAUCAUGCAAAACAUGAUACGUGAAUUGUUAUAAAUUUGUGUGUCAUAUGCAAAUUGAUCCAAUAGGCUGAUUUUUUUUUUAAAUAAUAAGGCUAGAUAUUGACUAUGAAUUUAUAAAACUAUAAAAUAUAAUUAUAAAUUGAACUAUAAAAAACAUUAUUAUUAUUAUUAUUAUUAUUAUUAUUAUUAUUAUUAUUGUAUUACCACAAUUAUUAUACAAGCAGUCCAGUGACAAACUCCUGUAAUCCUCCUCUGUUGGCAUAAAAAAAAAACAACACCAUUCGAACAGUGUUUGUAGCAUAUAAUUAUGAUGAAAGCCUGGAAUAUAUACACAUAUAGCUCAGGUCAAAUAAAUGCUAACACUACCUGUCAAUACUUUCUACCUACGUCUGCUUCAGAUCUGCUGCUCUUAAGACUAUUUUAGUUUACAUUACAAGACCUUAAUCGAAUUUUUCAAACUCUGCUGCUUCCGAUGCAUCGAGACUACCCAACAAAUCUGUGCAGCUAAUGUGAAGAAAUAACACAUCCAGCCAUGCACAGGUAUGUGUGUAGCUCCGAAGCUUUAAAGAAGCAAUAAGUAGCAUUAGAAUAAUACUAAAAUAAAACAAAAAACCUCCAGAGAACAAGAGAGAGAGAGAGAGAGAGAGAGAGAGAGAAUAUUCAGAAUGCUGAGUUUACUCUAAAUACAUUUCUUUCCAAAUCAGAAGCAUAAAAACCAUGUUAAAUUAUCUCCUAGAAUCCUACUCAGUAUUUAUCAGAAAGUUACAUAUCUGUUUACUUCUGAAAUGAGCGGAAUAGUUAAGCACGUCUUUAUUGGCGCAAUUAAUCAAAUCGUCCUGCAAUAAUGUUUGAAAUGUAUCCGAAACAUUCAAAACAUAUUGAAUAUGCUUACAGCAGAAUGUGCUGUACAUGGUUAGUCAUGUAAUCAGCAAACAGCCAAUAAUAUGACACUAGUUGUGACUAAAAUACUACUUACUGCUUCUUUAAAUAUUGUAUGAUCAGACUGUUUUUGUAUAAAGAGCUGUAUCGCUUUGGAAUUUUUUGGCAACAUGUAAGUGGGUUUUUGACAUUUUUAAAAUGUUUUAUAGAUGUACGAAGGGCAAACACUUGUGUACAUAUGUAUUAUUAAGCUAAGAAGUGUAUUGUGUAUGCUACUGCUUUGUGUUAAGUGCAUUAUGUUCCACAUUGUAUUCAUGCUGCAGUGUUCAAAAAUGCCAAAAUGAUAAAAACGCCAGCUGUGUUUCAUAAAUGAAAAGAUGAGACGUGGAGGACAGGAAAUGAAGAGUGACUGGAAAAGAGAAAGUACAACAUGUGUAUUAGACAUGUGGGCCAUGUGUUGCAGUUAAAUCCACAUUGCAUCUCAAUGAACAGGAAACCGCCUUAUAAUUAAAAAGUAUGGAUAUACUGUAUAUGUGAAUGAAAUUGUCUGUAUACAGUAUAUGGCACAAUAUUAACAAUAAUACAUUUGGUGCAAGCGCUUGUGCUGUGGAAUUUUACACAAAAUUCUAUAUAUAAUUCUAUAUAUAAAAACAUUGGUAUUUAAUCAGUGAUAUAGUUUGAUGGGGAACUGUACACUGAAACAACCGGUUUCCAAAUAAAAUCAUCCAAGUGGCCAGACGUGGUAAAGGAAAAGGUUACAGUGAAAUGUAAGAAAGACAAAACUGUGCCUUUUUGUUUUUUUAAGUUCUGUGCUUUGCAAAUGAGCACAGAAGUGGUUGGUGCCUAAUGUUGGAUGUGUGACUAAAAUCUGAACAGUGUGUAAAGCGUGCCAUCUGGACCAAGUGAAAAUGAUGAGAUGAACAAGAGUUUCCUAAAUGUAUUUGUAUUUAAAACAAAUUUAUGACAAAAAAGCCUCUGGUUAUUGUUAUUGUUCCCAGAAUUAUUAGUGUACGCUCUCAAAAUUCAGUAUUUAUUCACAUUUUUAUGGCCUAAGUGCAGAUCCUGAGUUCACUUUGUCAUUGGAUAGUAAGAUGUUUGCCAGUGGAUGUAUGGACAUAAUAUUUCCUUUCAAAAUCAUCGGUAUUAGAAUGUUAUUUCUUCUUUAAAGUUGCUCGUGUAAAUACAGGAAAAUAAAUAAAGCAACAUUUAUAAAUUGC